GGAUCCUCUCCGUUUCUCUCCCACCCUAAUUCCAAGGGGAAGAGGACAGAGGUGCCUUCUGUAGACACUCCUGCCCUUGUCCACUCCCACCUCACAGAUGCAUUGAGAGGUCUCAGGAGAGCAAUGGCAGGCGCCGGGGAGCGCAAAGGCAAGAAGGAUGACAAUGGCAUCGGUACAGCCAUCGACUUCGUGCUCUCCAAUGCCCGACUGGUGCUGGGGGUGGGUGGAGCAGCCAUGCUGGGCAUUGCCACACUGGCAGUUAAGCGGAUGUACGAUCGAGCAAUCAGUGCCCCUACCAGCCCCACCCGCCUGAACCAUUCUGGGAAAAGGAGCUGGGAGGAACCAAAUUGGAUGGGUUCCCCCCGGUUGCUGAACAAGGACAUGAAGACAGGUCUGAGCCGGUCCCUGCAGACCCUUCCCACAGACUCCUCUGCCUUUGAUGCAGAUACAUUCUGCCCACCCCGGCCCAAGCCAUUGGCCAGGAAGGGCCAGGUAGACUUGAAGAAGUCACGACUCCGCAUGUCCCUGCAGGAGAAACUUCUUACUUACUACCGGAACCGGGCUGCCAUCCCUGCUGGAGAGCAGGCUCGGGCCAAGCAAGCUGCUGUGGACAUAUGUGCCGAGCUCCGGAGCUUCCUGCGGGCCAAGUUGCCUGACAUGCCACUUCGGGACAUGUACUUGAGUGGCAGCCUGUAUGAUGACCUACAGGUGGUAACAGCUGACCACAUCCAACUCAUUGUGCCCCUUGUGCUGGAGCAGAACCUGUGGUCCUGUAUCCCUGGUGAGGACACCAUCAUGAACGUCCCUGGCUUCUGCCUGGUUCGUCGUGAGAACCCAGAGUACUUUCCUCGGGGUAGCAGUUACUGGGACCGCUGUGUAGUAGGUGGCUAUCUCUCUCCAAAGACAGUGGCAGAUACAUUUGAAAAGGUCGUGGCUGGUUCCAUCAAUUGGCCGGCCAUAGGGUCGCUCUUGGACUACGUGAUCCGACCCGCACCACCUCCAGAGGCCCUGACACUAGAGGUGCAGUAUGAACGUGACAAGCACCUUAUCAUUGACUUCCUGCCCUCAGUGACCCUUGGUGACACUGUCUUGGUGGCCAGACCACACCGGCUAGCCCAGUAUGACAACCUGUGGCGGCUGAGCUUACGUCCUGCUGAGACGGCACGCCUGCGGGCUUUGGACCAGGCCGACUCAGGCUGCCGAUCUCUGUGCCUCAAGAUCCUCAAGGCCAUAUGCAAGUCCACUCCGGCUCUGGGCCACCUCACUGCCAGCCAGCUGACCAACGUCAUCCUCCACUUGGCCCAGGAAGAGGCUGAUUGGUCUCCAGAUAUGCUGGCCGACCGUUUUCUGCAGGCUCUGAGGGGGCUCAUCAGCUACUUAGAGGCCGGAGUCCUGCCCAGUGCCCUAAACCCCAAGGUGAACUUAUUUGCAGAGCUCACCCCUGAAGAAAUAGACGAAUUGGGAUACACUCUCUAUUGCUCAUUGUCUGAGCCGGAGGUGCUGCUGCAGACGUAGGGCAGGUGAAGGCCAAUGUGGGUGUCAGGUGGUCACCCUGGAUUCUCCGUUAGAAACACUCGGCUUCGUAGUUGGUGCCUCACAGGGUCCCUGGGUGCCUCCUGUCUUGCUGGUCACCGCCCCGGUCACUUCAUGCUGAUUGGAAUGACAUCUCUUCAGUCUCCUAUUUUCUUACCCAACCCUUUCUAUUUUUGUUACCAAACACUGUGCUCCCUGCUCCCCUUUGGUCCAGGCUGAUUUUUCUGGAAUGAAUUGAGACGGAGUGCCGGCCUGAGCUGUCGAGACCACUUGGUUUGUGGCAUUCUGGCCCAGGUUUCCUGCUUCUGUCGGGUUCGCUCCACCCCACCCCGCCUUAUUGCUUAUUUCUAUUGGGUGUCUUUUCUGUCUUCUCCUCUCGUUCAUGCCUUCUGUUUUGCUCUUGUCCUUGGAGCAUAUCUGCCUAAAUAAGAUGUUGCCUUUCAUUGACUGACAUUGAAGAGCUGAUGGCGUGUUUCUAAGCCGAACUGAGACAGUAUUUAGGACUCUGGGGAGAGGCUGGCAAAGAGCUGGCCUUUGACCAUGGUUCAGAACAGCCCAUUGCCUCCACCUCCUGACCAGCCUACUCCUAAGUAAAGGGAACACUGUCCUUACCCAGUGCAGGGUCAGUACACCGGGUGCCGUUAGCUGGAGAUGGUGUUUGUCAGUGGCCAUCAGCAGGGUGCGGCAGUGGUUAGGAGGGAGCCGGAGCUGGUUGGAGGGCCUGCUGGAGGGUCUGUGCGCCUCUCGUCUGCACCCCUCUGGUUGCAGGAGUCAGACCAGGAAGAGGCAGGGGCUGCAGGGCAGACCUCACCACGGACAUUCUUCAUCCCUUUCCAAACUUUAUCGCCAGUGAGGACGAGGCCUUUGAAGGAACACAGCCUUAGCAGUAGUGGUUGAGGGAGGCCGACAGGCUGAAUGGCAGCUAGAAAAUGCUGUCACCAGUUGGGGCUCGGUGACCAUGUUUCUCCCCGACAGGCCCUGCCUUUUCAGAUAUUGCCUUAGAGCAGUAAGAGGCCCAACAGCCAGCUCUUCGUCCCACAGUCUGCCAUAGCAACGUGAGGGAUGUUUGCCAAGCUCUCCAGACACCUCCAGAGGCAGAGGGCAAGUGAACAUGCAUAGACUGCUCCCCCUGUCCUGUCUCUCACCCAGCACCCCGGGAGAUCGGUGCUACCUAGGAAGAGAGAGCACACAGGUAGAGGGAGGUGGUGCCUCCUGCCUUCCUCCUUGUUUCCCCGCUGCUACAGUUGCUGUUGAUUGCAGUGUAAACGUAUCCCAAGGGUGGGGAGGGAUGCUUAAUACACCAUGUCAGUGUGUCUUGUUCUGUGUUUUUUUUUUCCCUGUUUGUGGCAAGAGGUUGAUAAUUGUCUCUGAUCUGCCCACCCAGUAUUUUGUUCCCCCUCAAGUCUUAUUAUUUUUCUCUUUACUACCUCUCCAUCAGUGAGAUUCUGGUGAACCUCCCUGCAGCUGUCUCAUUCCUUCCUAAUGACAGUGACAUGAAAUGACUCUUUAAAUAGCAGUGACACCUCAGCAACCCUCUGAAUUUAGUGUAGCAAUUCCUGCCCACUUUUUGUCAUAGAUUAGGAGGUUGGGGACUGGGAUUAACCUUGACUAUUUAGAGAACCUUCCUGCCUCUUUUGCUAAAUAUAUGCAAGGAUUCCUUAGGUGGGUCAGUUUUAUUUGUAAAAAGGUAUUGAAAGAGAAUGAAAAAGGUAAAACUGAGAACCUUGAGAGAGACUGGUUGGUUGGGCGUUUAGAGAACGUUUAUUCCUGGGUGAAUGGCGCACAGGGUACGGGUGGAGGCCAACAUUGAGGGUCCCUGUGCGCCCACUUGGUAUCUGUUAGAGGUUAAGUGGAAGGAAUGUAGAGUGUUGCAAAUGCAUAGAUUCUUAAGGAUUUCGUUUUCUUGCCGUGAGUAUUGUAAAACUAAAAAUUUUCCCAAGCUGGCAUCUCUGACCAAAUGCCAUAUAAAUUCUUGGAAGGAGAGCUCAAAAAAGAUUUUAAAGAGUCCACAGCUACCAAGGCCAAAUGUAAGUGUGAUUUUAGGAAGAGUAAUGAGAAUUCCCUCUUCUCUUUAAGAGCAUCUCUGACUUCUAAGUGUUUCUUAAAACUAGGACCAUAAAUUUGCCAUUUUACAAGCAAAAGCCCCUUCGAAGUUCUUGGAAUGAGAAGCUGUGGGCACCGUCCGCCCUGGCCCUGGUGCGUUUGCUGUGAUGGGGCAAGCCGUUCUCUUUGCUGCCGUUGGCCUCCUCAUCAAAUGUGGAACACGGCCAAGUGCUGUGAGGCCCUCAGAUGGAAGCAGGCAAUUCUCUGCCCUUUUAUUACCUUUUUCAUCUUUGGGGAAAGAUGCAGCGGCAUUUCGCACUGCUCUUCUGUUCAGUAACUCCCACUUCUGCCUGAAGAAAUAGCACCUGUUCUCGUUUCUCCAUUUAGAGAUUUUGCACUCCGUUAGCUAAUGCUUAAAAGAUCCACCCAUCAUUAACUCGGACACCUAAUAAAUUCGAGUUUAUUUUAGUUUGUUCCAAUUGCCGUUUCCUAAAAAUGAGUUCAGGACAACAGUAUUUUGCUUCAUGUGCUCAGUUAUGAUUCUUAAAAAAUUAAAGAAAUGUGGAGGCUCAUGUUUAGAGAAGCUAUGCGGCGGGGGCGGGCCCUCGUAGUCACCUGUUCACAUCCCCAGUUAGCCGAUUUUGCUUCCUGUAUUGCACUCAUGUGGAGAACGCAAGUGGUGUUGAUGAAGAUCAAAGUGUCCUGGGCAAGGCUGUGGUAAGUUCUGUAAGAAAGGAUCCUUGCCGUGUCCAGAGCCCUCUGCCAUGGCUGCUGUGGUCCAUCUUCCCUGGACUGUGACCUGGCUGAGAACUUGGCUCUUGGGGGAUUUGUUAGAACUCUGCCCGUUUGCCUGAAGCUCAAGGCCACAGACAGUAUGAGACAUUUAGGAGGAGAGCUGACCUCUGUACCAAGCUGGGAGGUUGUAGUCCUUUUAGAUACUGCGUAAUGUAGGUGGCCAAAAGGCCAGAGGUGUGGGCCCUGUGGUCACCUGCAAACUGGAUGUUCACCUUUUCAUUUUGAUCACCUUGUAGGCUUUAAAUGCUUGGUUGAGGCCAAGUCCACUACUUGCCUUCUGGUCACUUGCCUGCUCUUCAGUGGGGGCUGAUGUGUUAGCUGGCAGACUUGGCACCAGUCAGCAGUCUUUCUGUCCUGUCUCGACUAGGUCCAUACAAGGGCAGCUUAGCCCUGAGACCCAGGAAACCGCUAUCUUUUUUUCCUCCUCGAAGGAGGAAAUAAAACUGGGGAACACAUUGUCCUUCCACAGCAUGGGAAGAAGAAAAUAAAAAUCUCCUUUCCAACA